CAGCUUCCUACAAGCAUCUCCAGAACUGCUCAAGGGGAGGAUAUUGCAAGUAAAGGACAUGGAUACAUUCUGAUUCACGCCACAAGCUUGGCCCUUAUGUAAGAGUCCUUUCUCUGCAAAGAGUCCUGCAGUUUCACAUUCCUGUUUCAAUUUGUGUUUGAUUAAGUCAACUGAAAGGAAACAGAAACAGAAACCAGAUGCUGCUCUUAUAUAUGGGUCUCCAGGAUUUACUGGAGACAGAGGAGGAAAAUUUCUGAAGAGCACAGCAGCCUGAACUGUAGCCUCUGGCCGCAGCCAAGAACUGCACCGCAAUAAUGAGUGAGGCCACUGAAAAUUCCUUGGAGAGCAGCCUACGGCAAUUAAAAUGUCAUUUCACCUGGAACUUGAUAGGGGAAAAGUCUUUGGAUGAGUUUGAGGACAGAGUGCUGCACAAGUAUGAGUUUCAGAAUGGCGAAUUUAAAGCCACAACAUGUAACAUAAUGGCCUACAUAAAGCACUGCAGAGGCCAAAAUGAGGCAGCCCUGGAAUGCUUACAGCAGGCUGAAGAGAUAAUCCAGCGAGAACAUCCUGGCCAGGAAAUCCGAAGUCUGGUCACCUGGGGAAACUAUGCCUGGGUCCACUAUCACCUGGGCCAACUCUCAGAUGCUCAGACUUAUGUGGACAAGGUGAAACAGGUCUGUGCGAAGUUUUCUAGUCCCUACAGAAUUGAGAGUCCCGAGCUUGACUGUGAGGAAGGGUGGGCACGGCUAAAGUGUACAACAAAGCAAACUGAAAGGGCAAAGGUGUGUUUUGAGAAGGCUCUGGAAAAGAAUCCCCAGAACCCAGAAUUCACCUCUGGCUGGGCCAUUGCAAGCUCCCGUCUGGACUACUGGCCACCCUCUCAGGACCCCAUUGACGCUCUGAGGAGAGCCAUCAGGCUGAAUCCUGACAACCAGUACAUUAAAGUUCUCUUGGCUCUGAAACUUCAAAAGAUGAAGGAGGAGGAUGAAGGAGAGAGGCUUGUUGAAGAAGCCUUAAAGAAAGCCCCAAAUGCAACAGAUGUACUGUGCAGCGCAGCAAGGUUUUAUCGAAAUAAACGUUCCUGGAAUGAAACCAUAAAACUGCUUAGAAAAGCUUUAGAACACAUGCCACACAACACCUACUUGCAUUACCAUAUUGGGAGCUGCUAUAGGUCACAAGCUCUCCAAAUACUGGAGAUAGAGAAUAAAAUGUAUGGGGAAAGAGAGAAGUUACUGGAACAAGUAGAACUCGCUGUGGAGUAUUUAAAGAAAGCUGAUGAGAACAAUGGGAAUUUCUUCUGUAUCUGUUCCUCUAUUGCCAGUCUCUAUGCUAUAGCAGGUGAAUACAAGGAAGCCAGUUACUAUGAGAAAGCAGAGUAUUACUUCCAAAAAGAAUUCAGCAAAGAGCUUGCUCCUGUAGCUAAACAAGCGCUCCAUCUGCGGUAUGGCAAUUUCCAGCUGUAUCAGAUGAAACGGGCAGACAAGGCCAUCCACCAUUUUAUAGAAGGAGUAAAAAUUAACCUGGAAUCAAAGGAGAGAGAGAAGAUGAAAAUCAAACUGCAAAAAAUUGCCCAAAAACGACUUUCUAAAAAUGAAACAGAUUCUGAAGCUUUGCAUCUCUUGGCAUUUCUUCAAGAGCUGAAUGGAGAAACAGCAAGCAUAGGAAGACUUGCAGAGGGAGUAGGACUCUGGAAACCUCAUCACUUCAGCAUCUGUAGAUUAGAUACAGAAUGAGGAAUAGGGACAUAGUGCCCACAGGGCUACGUCUGGAAAGGAGUUGAAACCUUUCCACCAAGUUGGUAUUCAAAAUAUGUAACAAUUGAUAGGCCAUUAGUGUGAACUUGUCACUGGCCAUAGUACUGCAUCAGGGUUAUGGGGAAACCCUUCUGUCCCAGGGGUUAACUGAUUCCUCACCUCUGUAAAAUCUUUCUAUUCAUGGAGUCAUUUUAGGUCCUACACAGGCUGGCUUUGCAUAGACAGUAAGGCACUGUGUUCAUGAGGGACCAAAGUCAAUAUAGGACUGUUCUCAUUCUCUCUCCAUCUUUAACACACACAUACCCACUGGUACCUCCUUCCUCCUCCUCCCCAGCCAAUCGUCAAUCUAGAGUGCCUCACAAAAAAUGAGUUCAAUUGUCACAUUAACUUAGAUUGCAACAUAGUUGGAAAAAA